AUGGAAGGCAAUGCUACACAUCACAUUUCAUCUUUCUUUCUGGUUGGUAUUCCUGGGUUGGAAAACUUUCACUGCUGGAUUGGCAUUCCUGUCUGUCUUCUCUUUGUCCUGACCUUGCUGGGGAACAGCAUAAUCAUUACUACAGUCAAGCUAGAGCCAAGUCUCCACCAGCCUAUGUAUUUCUUCCUUUGCAUGCUGGCAACGAAUGACAUGUGUCUUACCUGCUCUGCAGCUCUGAAGAUGCUUGGCAUCUUCUGGUUUGAUGCACAUUGGAUCGACUUUGAUGCCUGUCUAACACAAAUGUUUUUUAUCCAUACACUUUGCAUCAUGGAGUCUGCCAUCCUAGUGGCCAUGGCUUUUGAUCGCUUUGUGGCCAUUUGCAUCCCACUGCAUUAUGCAUCAAUCCUGACAACACCCAUGGUGAUUAAAAUAGGCCUAGUUGGCCUAAGCCGAGCUAUGCUUAUGAUUAUGCCAUGCCCCCUUCUCAUUAAAAAGCUGCUGUACUAUACCAAAUAUGUCAUCCAUCAUGCUUAUUGUGAGCACAUGGCUGUGGUGAAGGUGGCUAGUGCUAACACCUAUGUGAACAGAAUAUAUGGAAUCUUAGUGGCCUUUUCAGUGGCAGUAUUUGACCUCGGGCUCAUAGCCACAUCUUAUAUAAAAAUUCUCCAGGCAGUGUUCAGGCUCUCUUCCCAGAGAGCUCGCUCUAAAGCCCUGGGCACCUGUGCUGCCCACUUCUGCACCAUUCUUGCUUUCUAUACACCUGCAUUGUUCAGCUUCCUAACUCAUCGUUUUGGCAAGAAUGUGCCUCCAAGUGUCCAUAUAAUCUUUGCAGUCCUGUACCUGCUAGUGUCCCCCACAGUCAACCCCUUGGUGUAUGGUGUUAAGACCAAACAGAUUCGUGAUCGAGUGAUGGGUCUUUUCUUUCUUAAGAAGAAAAUUUCUGAAUACUAA